AUGCUGUCAACAGAUGUGAUGUCUCGUGGUAUCGACAUUCAAGACAUUGACUGGGUCAUACAAUUUGAAGUACCCAAGCUAUCCAGUUGGUUUGUUCACCGAUCUGGUCGUACAGCUCGUUGUGGACGAGAGGGAAACGCGUUGUUAGUCCUUUCACCACAGCAAACUGCCUACGUUGGUUAUCUAGCCAAGCACGAGAAAGUGGGUUGA